AUGGGCAAGCGCGCAGCCAAGGCUCCUGAUGGCGGGCAGAGGAAGGCCGCCAGAGGCGGCGGCAGGCGGGGGAGUGGCGCCGCGGGCGCGAGGGAGAGCGAUGGAGGCAUCGCGGCGCCCGCGGGGCGUCUCAGUGCGGCAGCGCUCCAGGCAGACGCGUUCGAGCGCGGCACGUGCGGCACCGACGACGUCGGCCAGCAGAUGAAGGACGCUGCUGUGCCGUCGUGUACCCAGUGCUUCGAGAGGUACUCGAAGGGCUUCACGCACUUCGGCUCCUUGGAGGUCGUCCAGCAAGGCGUGCAGGACGAGGACUCGCACAUCCACGACUGCUGGGAGGAGGCCUUGCGGACUGAGGCGGGCGAGCAAGGGCAGUUCUUCCCUACGGCCGUCGACGAAGGGUCGCAAUACAUUGUCUCGGUCGUGAAGCCGAUGAUCGGCUUGAACCGCGCGCAGCUGAUCUCAGACGUGCUCGAGGGUGAAGAGCCCGAGAAGUUGGGCAUCAAGCUGCAGGACCUGCCCGACCAGGAUGGGAACACCUACAAGGGCGUGAUGGUUCCGAACCCGAACCGCCCGUACCUGGAGUACGACGUGAUGCACCAGCACUUCGCAACGAUGACCACGCACAAGAUGCAGCCGAGCCAGCAGAUGUACUCUGCCCAGUCUUUUGGCACGUUCUCGUUCGUGAAGAAGGGUCUGGCGCAGGACAGCAAGCUGAAACUCAUCUGCGUGAAGGCGCGCACGGAGAACCACACUCUGGACUCCCUGGCCUCGAAGGCGGACGCCUACAAGAGGAGCAAGGCCGACGCCGAGAGGGCUCGUCUGGCCGCCGAGGAGGCGGAUGGCAGCCCAGGCGGUAGCCCAGGCGAGAGCCCUCUGCCUGCGGCGGGUCUUCCUGGAGCUGGUGCAUCUGCUUCGGCUGGUCCUUUGCUGAACCCGUCUGCGAUGGCGUGCUCGCGGACAGUAUUCACUGGCGAUGGGCGUGCGCCGAAGACCCCAGGAGCAAAGCCUCGCGCCACCAAGUCUGCCAUGUCAGAUACCAAGCAGUCAGAGGUGGAGGAGCUCGUCGAGCGUCGCAUUGCUGCCUUGGAUGUGGACAGGUGCUGGUCAGGAACUGCCAUGGGUCGCGAGCUUCGCUGGGCCAGGGAAUCGCAUGAUAACAUCAUGGACUCCACUCCCUCUCCUGCUGACUCGGAGUUGGCCGACAAGCUCAAGGCCCACCUGGACGUGUGCGAUGCCAUCUGCAAUCUCGUCGAGAAGCCAUUCGCGUCCGUGCCGAAAGCCAAACUCGACGGCUGGCUCAAGGAUGUUGAGAAUGGCGCCGAGGACAUGCCGAGCAAGUUUAAGCAGGAUGUGCUGAAGUUAAAGGUCCUACGGGCGGCACUUCGGGGUUGGGCUAUCGGCAGGGCGUGCUCUGCUGACGGCAGUUGCUCGGACAAGAUUUCCAAUUGCGACGGCUUCUUCACGGAGGCGCUCAACUACUUCAUCAAGUUGGGCAAAGAAGGUCAACCUAAGCUGGUCCAGUUCUGCAACGGCUGCCUUGACUGGCUCGACGAGAAGUGCCCUGAGGAUGAGCGCUAUGACGAGCUCGUCUCUACGAUGACGGUGACCUUGAAGGCAGCGCUUUGCAUCGCCGACGCCACGAAGCUGGACUACAAGGACGCGCUGAUGGCCAUGACGGCUUCCAGCAGAACGACAGGGGUCGGGACUGGGUGCUUGCGCCACUUGAACUUGUCGGUGAAGCGCUCGCAGCACUACACGGCGCUUAAG